GAAAAAAAGAGAUUAAGUCCACCUUCAAUCGCCUUUGGCUCCCGUCGACUCUCACUCAUCAAUACGAGGAAAGCCAUGUCACUCGACCUACGCACCUACACAUCUGGCAAACGGCCGAUCGACGCAACUGGCCAAAGGCAGGCAUGUAUCAUUUCGUGUUCAAAAACCCCAAACCUCAGUCUUCGGCGGAUCGACGGCUCGCCGAGCUGCAGGAUGCCGAUGCCAGAUCUCAUGCAGCUAAGAUCGCUUACCUGAAGAAAAAGGCGCGAGAGCAGGAUCGGGCCAGCAGCUCGAUCAGCAGUUCCCAAGACGAGGUGGCCCAGCUAGCCGCGCCCAAAGAUGUGAAAUCUGCCGAGUCGUUCAAGGCCUCGAUGGAGGAGCGUCUCAGCAUCGAGGGCCAGACUAAGACGGCGCUGGGCCACGGUCGGCCAUCGCCCGCUCAUUCCAAGGGCGUUAGACUUCUUCCCCGAACUAAACUGUCUGUCCAGUCGCUUCUUUCACAAACGAGCAGAGAUCCAUUCGACUCUUAUCCUGAACGUAGAUUGCCGGAAAAUGUAGAGAAGGUGGUGCAAUAUGCUUUCGACAGAAUAUGGCCCGACAUGCUCUGCUCGGUACGAGGCGAGAAUCUGGCUGUUGCAAAGCGCGAAUGGAGACACCACGGCCUCGACGACGAAUUACUUUUCCACGUCCAGGUUGCUCUCGCCUGCGGCCUGAACCUAGCUUUACAAAAUGUCCCCAAGGUUUCGGAGGCGCUCGGUCUCGCCCGUUUAUCUCACUACUCCAAGGCUAUCAGAUUGCUGAAGCAGAGGAUUGAGAAUCUCGACGGGCCGGCCUCGGAGGACCUCAUGAUGAGCGUUCUGAUAUUAGGUGUCAACGCUGAUAUCGAAUCGUCGAUGCCAGAAUGCCACCCUCGAUCGCCGCUGGCUACCUCUCAAUACAUGCAUCUCUAUGGGAGACUCACGCUAAUGCCGAGUUAUGCCGCGGCGCUGGAGCAAUUGGUCAGGGCUCGGGGAGGAAUCUCCGCGCUUAAACAUCUGGCUUUGCCGGACUGGCUUCUUUUGGCUGACCUCCACCACGCGUCGCGGACCGGCGACAGACUCCUGUACCCUCGAAUCCGGCCGUAUCAUUCAAUCGUGAGCAGCGGUAGGCACGUUCUUGACGCCAAAGCCACGUUGCUGUCCGAGAAACUCGGAGGUGGAUUCCACAGCAUUGACGAUUCUCUCACCACGGGCGUGCGCGAAGCGGUAGUGAAGGGUGUGGAAGCUACAGUGGCGCUGGACCACUACCAUCGCCACGAAAAUAGCCAACCGUGCCUGGUUGACGUUAUGCUUGCGGCAAAUGAGGCGCAUCGAUCGUUCCUGGAACUCGACCCAAGAGAAGGGUUGGGUCUGGAGCAACUAGUGAAUAACUGCUGUCGUUUAGGAUCAUUGAUUUAUAGUGAUAUGGUCCUCUUUCCAAUGCCGAGCUGCACCAAGAUAAAGCCACGCCUCGCUCGAGAGCUGAGGCAGCUUUUGGAAGAAUUCCAAGACCUGAAGAUCGUAACAGAAGAUUUCAAACAUCCGGUCUCGGACAUGGUCCUGUGGGUGCUGGUCAUGGGUGGAAUUGCUGCAUCUUUCACCGAGCACCGGCGGUGGUUCCAAGACCGCUUGAGGACCAGAUUGAGAAGGACCAAAUCGGACGCGAGUUUCAGUUCCGGAACUUGGGCGGAGUUCAAAAGGCACGUUUCCAAAUUUCUUUGGUGGGAUCCUGUGGUGGACAGGCCUGCGAUGGAGCUGUGGAAUGAGGCUACGCAUGAGCUCCGCGUGGCAGACAACGAGAUGAAAGGUUGAGAGUUUCAGGCAGCGUUGGGGGCGGGAAUUGACGAAGGAUGACGACGAGAGCUCGCAAUCAGAUCAACAGAAUUGCUGGCGGACGCAU